AUGGAGCCCUUCAGCCGGAAUGAUCUGCCGCCGUUGAGGUUCGCGUGGCAGCAGCUCGAGGAUGGGGAUCUGGCGUCGAGGGUGUGGACGCUGGAUCACGUCGAUCCGGCUGACCAAGCCGGCGACGACGAGAGCCCGGAGGCGGCUGAACAGGCCACCCAGGGGCAUGAUGACCCGCCGCCUUCGCCGCAGCCGGAUGAGCAGGAGGUGGAGAUACCGACUUCCUCGGCGCCGAUCCCCGCGGUGCCCCUCUCGACGAGGCCGCCCAUGGCUUCUUCGUCUGCACCCAAGGGGCGGAAGCGGACCACCGCCCAGCUGGAGGCGGAGGCCAAGAAGCAGCGCCGCAAGGGGCCGAAGCCGGUCCCCGAAGCAGCCGGGGCCGCCAUCAAGUUCAACAAGAGUGCCAGCCUUGGCCCGGCCUCUGGCGUUGUGUUGUCGCCGACUUUGCAGCGGCAGAGGAGGGAGCCGACUCCGCAGCCUCCGCCGCGGGCGCGCACGCCGCCCAUCUUCCCGCCUCCUGCUCCGGGGGCGGGGUCUUCUGCGCCGCCUCCUAGCUCCAGCGCUCAGGGCGAGCCAGCUCACCGCGCCGCCUAG